AGGAGAGCGUGCUCCAAUUGGCGGAACCGUCCAGAGGUACGUCAUGACGCAGGCGUGGAGCGAUGGCGGAGCCUCGUGUGUCGGCGUUCUCUGUGUACCAGGCGGUGAUGAUGGACAGGGAGCUUCCCGGUCAGAUGAAUGGAAUUUCAGCAACACGUCAAAAACAAAAGAAUUGCUCACGUUUGUCUAGGAAGCGCAUGUUGAUUAAGAGGAAACGAAAAUACUUGAAGGUUAAAAUGAUGUCGUCAACAGGCAUCCAUGCAAUUGUGAGUGAUGCUACUUUACAAAGGGACACGCACUGCGCUGAGACAGAGCUCACAGACCACGGUGCUAAAAGAAAACUCAACAGUGAGAGGAUGAAUAAACAUAAAAGAAUGAAGUCGAAGUCUGGGAAAGCUGCUGCAACUAUCAACAACCUGUCAAACCAUUCGAAAGGAAUGAGUACACCAGAGUUCAUGUUGGAGAUUCCUGGGGAACCAUCCAAGAGCAAAGAUAUAAGACCCUGGACAGGACCAUCAUUAUCAGUACUUCUUCGGGAUCUACGUCAUAUACAUAACAGCAGGGAGAGAGCGAUGAAACUCUUUGAAUGGUUAAUAGCACCUGUUGCUUCAAAGAAGUUCUUCAAUGACAUUUGGGAGAAGACCCCAGCCUUGAUCAGACGCCACAAUGCAAACUACUACAAGGGAUUCUUCUCUUCAGAAGAUUUUGACAGAAUACUGAGAGAGGACGUUGUCAAUUUUGAAGUAAACCUGGAUGUAACGAGUUAUUUUGAUGGGGAAAAGGAAACACAUACUCCUACUGGCAGGGCAUUACCCGCGGUGGUGUGGGAAUUCUAUAAGAAAGGGUGUUCUUUGCGCUUGCUGAAUCCUCAGGCCUUUUCUGGAACUGUUUGGAAUGUGCUGUCUAUUCUCCAGGAAGCUUUUGGAAGUAUGGUUGGAGCUAAUGUUUAUCUAACUCCUCCUGGGAACCAGGGAUUUGCACCACACUAUGACGAUAUCGAAGCGUUCAUCAUUCAGCUGGAAGGAGCGAAGCACUGGCGCGUCUAUGACCCUAAAUCAGCUGAACAAGUCCUUCCUUGUGUUUCAAGCCGUAACUUUAGUCAGCAGGAAUUGGGUGAUCCCAUUAUGGAAACCUUGCUGGAGGCUGGAGACAUGCUGUAUUUCCCAAGAGGCUUUAUCCACCAAGCAGAUUGCACACCAGACACACAUUCGCUCCACAUCACCAUGUCAACUUACCAGAAGAACUCAUGGGGAGAUGUGCUACGUAAAAUGUUUCCUGCUGCUUUGGACUUGGCAAUAGAAGAUGACGUCGAAUUUCGUGAAGGCUUGCCUCUUGAUUACCUGGAUUACAUGGGAGUGCAGAAUUCUGAAAGAGAAGAUGAUCCACGGAGGGAAGCAUUUAAUAAUAAGAUUUACAGUCUAAUGAGAAAGUUACUCAAGUAUGUACCAAUCGAUGCUGCUGUCGAUCAGAAAGCCAAGGAUUUUAUUCACGAUUGCCUCCCGCCCAUCCUUACUAAAGAGGAACUGGCCUGCACGGUGUACAGUUCACCAGUCCGAUGGAGAAAUGGCGGGCCACACAACAAUGUCAUGCAGUUACGAGGAAAUACCCGGAUACGAAUGGUUCGCAGUAAUAUUGCCAGGUUAUGUGGCGAGAAUGGUAGCAUUUUGCUCUAUUAUAGCAUUGAAAAUUCUAGAGAAUACCACAAGGAGGAAAAUAAAUGCAUAGAAAUAGAUCCAGAGCUUGCAGAUGGGGUGGAGCUCUUGCUUUGCUCGUACCCACAGUUUAUAAAGAUUGAUAGUCUUCCUGCUGGAAAUCUUGAUGACAAGAUCUCCUUAGCCAUUGCCUUGUACGAGAAAGGUCUGCUGAUGACUGAAUAUCCACUCCUUCCUAAAAGGGAUUGACCUCAGACCUGAACCUUGUAAAGAAGCUUUCUAUCCAGUUAUACGCUAUUUCAUACUUGCCUGCAAUUGAUCAUUGUAUAAAAUACUCCAGAAAUGAUUUAAAUAUGAUUCUGUUUCCAGUUUGACUGGCCAUCGUUUUAUUGUAAUUAUCAGAUAUUUAAGUUCAAAAAUGAAGCGAAGUCACAAUGCUUUAUUAUCCAGAAUGAAUGUGUGUUCAGUGAUUUGUGCCGUUAACCCUUUGUUAAUGGAGCAGCCUUUAAAUUUUGCAGUACUUCCUAUGUAUAGUUACUGCAGGAUCUUUAAGUGAAAUCAGAAUGUGCACAAUUUUCUGAUGAGUUUGAAUUAUGAUCUUAUGGUUGUUGCCAUAAGGGGCAGGCAAAAGACAAUUAAAGAAAAUGAUGUAACCCACCUUCUUUGGCUUCCCGCUUUCAUUGAUGGGGAGAAAUGUGAGGCAUAAUUUUAAUGUGAUUGAAAGAAAGUUUAAGGGGGUUUUUAGAGGUAGAGUACUGUGCAGAAGUCUAAGGCAUUUAUAGCUAGGGUGCCUAAGACUUUUGCACAGUACUGUAGUAAUUUUAUGGAUUAUAUUGUACUGCUGCCACAAAAAAAUUCAGGACAUAAGUGAGUGAUGAUAAACCUGAUUCUGAUAUGAGUCUCUGUUGUGGACUGAGAGUGGGA